AUGAAGUUUCGGGGCGAAUUCAAAGUCGAGAAUCUCCAUCACUUCGUCGGAUGCCUGCUGUGCCUCAGCAAACUAGCUAAUGAUCAUCCCGAUCCUAUGAGCGCCGUGCUCAAAAUCUCAAAGAAAAAGGUCUCAGUAGUUAUUAAAACUAUUUUAUCAACGGACGCCUACCUCGAGAUAGAUACGGCCGAACUAUUCCACAGUCCGUAUAUCCUGGAGGGAAGGGAAGACGACACCAUAGCACUUAACGUCAGCGUCAGCUCACUAUACGAGACUCUAAACGCCGCGGUCAACAGCGAAUAUGCAGCCUUAAAACUCAAAAGGAACAACCAAGUCGCUUCAUUAUCUGUAACUUUCCCGGACCCUGCAUUCCCCAGCAUCUGCAUUACCUUGGACAUAUUGAUCACGCCGGCUGAGGAAUACGCGCAGGCGGAAUCGGUGAUACCGGAAAUACCACCUUGCUCGUGUAACAUUGGGCUCACUAAGUUUCAAAGCAUUAUAUGCUACUUGGAGUCGGCCAAUCGCAUAGGGAAUGAACUGACUGAAUUCGAAGUCUGCCGCGUCAGCAAUCGAAGCAUAUCACAAAGAACGGAUUUUGGAAGGACACAGGACCUGCAAUUACUUGACAACGCGAAUCAACGCGGCGCCAAAACUAGCGUAAUUAGCGAUACUGCCUAUCAAGGUGCUAGCACCAAGACCAACGCGGCGGCUACCAACAGGCAGUCGGAGGGAAGAGAGGUCGACGCGGACGUGGACCAAUCGCACUCACCGAUCUUACUCAAACUCAGGUCGCCUGGAAUUCUCGCGGAACUGGAAACCGCGUUCUACGGGUUACAUUCAUUCUCAUCGCACGUUGGAGAGGAGUCACGAGAGUACGCAAAUAAAAAUCCCAAAACCGUAUUGAAGACUGACGCCGUGUAUACCAUCUGUAAAAACGCCAUCGACUCGAUCAUAUUCAGCAAGCACGAGGCGCUUUUAGUCGCAGCAAUACCAGACGACUACGUAACCGCAGAGUGGACUUAUUUCAUAUUCUCGGUUAUCGCGCUCGACAGCUGCCAAAUGAUAUUCAAAUUGCCAAACCAAGUAUCGGAAACACAAUGA